AUUACCACGUGCGGGAAGCAUAAAAUCCAGUAGUGGGCUGCUUCCAGGAAGAGCGCGAGGGACGUUGCUGCAGGAGCCAACUACUAAAGCCGUGGGGCGUCGUGCGAGAGUGUUAAGUGUGAUUUAUCUGCGGAAUUGGCCAUGUUGAAUGGUGAGCUAGAGCCUGAACUAGAGUCUGAAGCUUUAUGCCUGGAACCAAACCAACCGAACUGAAUCCACCCAACCGAGCCCCGGGCGGGUAGGAGGCUCCUCAGCAGCCGCUCUGUUUUUUCCCUUUGGUUUUUCAUAACGCAACGAGUUCAUUUAUGUCGUCCUGAACUUUCACAUUUUCCCUGUUACAUUCACUAAAACCCCUCUGGACACUGCCACCACAACGUGGACUUUGCGAGGUCAUUUAAUGAACUGUCGUGUUGCGCUUAUACCAUUCUUGGUAAAAACAAGGACUGAAUAAAGUACUGUAUCACAUUGUAAAUAUUGAACGUUCUGUAAUUUAUGUUGAAAAUGUGAAUGGCCAUUUGAAUUUACAUGUCUGUUUAUUUUUCCUAUAAUUCUUUAAUAUAAUUUUGUACCAUUUAAACUUAAAACCUGUGUUCAGUCUUCAUUACACUCAUUCCUAGAGCUGAAUUUAGUUUCUUCUGAUCUAGCCCAGUUAUAUAAUUCAUUGUUUACUUAAUACUUGUAUACUGCUGCUGGAAUUUUUAUUUUCCUGAGGGAACUCUACUGAAGGAAUCAAUAAAGUACAAUCUAUCUAUUUUUGUACACUGUUGAGGUGAUUCAAUACGAAGUAGUGCGCAAGUGUGUUUUGUUUACUAUCUCCAGCCGUGGUCAUGUGGUGACAUUAAUCAUCAUAUUUUGAGAGGUAUUUAUCGAAGUCGAACAAAGUAGGAUAACAGUGAAAGCCUAGGUGGGAAACGCCACUGAUCUAUCUUUUUCUUCCUGACGCCACCGUUUCUUUUUUAUUUCAGCCAGAGUUCAGUUCUCGGAGACAGGGCAAUGACAUGAAUCACUCUGCUGUACACUUGAAACUGGUGACUUUUCCAGGGUGUACUCCGUCUUCCACGCAAGUACAGCUGGGAUAGUCUCCAGCACCCCCCCGACCUCAAAAAGGAAGAAGCGGUAGAAAAAGGAUGGUUGGAUACUGUGUGUGCAUAUUUACAAACACAUCAUCAGGUUGUUGUUUUCUUUGUUUUCAUUGCUGCUAGUUUGUCUCUAUUGUGUCUUUUAUUUACAUAAAAAGUGAUACUUUGUCUUUUUCAGUACUUUUCCUGUCUUUGCUUUAAAUUGGACAUAAGCUUAAUAGUUAUUUUUCAUUUUUUGGAGCAGCAUAUUGAGCAGCAGAGUUACUGUCAUGAUUACGUUUAUUACUUCCCUGUGAUUUGUGAUUUCUACUUGUGCGCUUUCAUUUCCGGAGCGCUGCCUUCCUCACCUGUCCUUGAUUACCAAUUAUCACACACCUGUCCCUGAUUGCCAAUCAGGGUGUUCUUACUUCUUCAGGUGUUUUUGUGCAGCUACACUAGUUUUCAUUUGUACUUGAAAAAUUAUUAUACUUGCACGCCGUCUCCCUAUCUUUGCACCCUGGGGUCACCAUAAAUAUUUACAAACGAGAAUUGUAAAUAUUUCUGAAUGUAGUUAGUUUGCAGUGACUGGCAAGCUACUUAGAAAAUGUAAUCAGAUAUAAGUUACACUCAGUUAAAUAUAGCUUAGCUACAGGGAAGCUAUCUAGGAGAAUUGUAUAGCAAACUGUGCUACAGGCUACAUGAAAAAAGUAGCUCACUACAUUUAAUGGCAUAUUUAUCUAUGAGCCCACAUGUAUAUUAUCAAUGUUAAUGUAGCUGAGAGUGUACGAAUGGAACCAAUAAGGGUCCAAUACUAUUAACUAACAGUCAUGUAGCUUGGGACUCCACUACAAAUACCUGUAGGGGUCCCCACACCCCAGUGAAUGUAUUUAUUCGGCUUGCCUUUUCUUCGUCUCCCCCCUUGUAAUGUUAUUAAUUCUCUCUACCUAAAGUAAAAAAAGCAGCAUCCCUCUAUAGUUUGACAAAGAAAAAACGAUGACUUAUGUGUUGUUUGGGUACAGUUGGUAUUGGUUAUCUGCAGAAAAACUUUUCAUGAACUCAACACAUCAAUAGAUGUGUUCCUUAAUUUGUGUAGGACAUUUUAGAUAAAGAGAGCAGUUAACAUUUUGGUUUAUAAAGAAAACAACUGAAAACUAAGGUUUUGGGUAUUGUCUCUAAACGCAUACAUUUGUCCAUAUAUGACCAAGGAAACACAUUAUUGUGCGUUUCCUGCACGUUAUCUUCAUUACUAAAGGAAAAAUUUAAUCUGCGUGAGAGAUUUUCUCUGCCAUUUUCAGGUAUGUUUUUUUUUUUUAUUUGAGUGGUCAGCUUAAUAUGUCCCUCUGUCUCCGACUUCCUCGUCGUCAUGUGACAGUGUGUAACUUUUUUUUUUUUGCUUCCUGUCUUCCAUGACAUGACUCAUCGUGCCUCUGAUUGCCAAGUCUGUAAUGUUUCGCCAUAACCUUAGCCAAUUGUGACUCAUCAUACGAACACCAAAUAAUCAUCAUGGAUUUUCUCCUUAUAUAUGGAUGUUCUCAGUCUUCCAGGUCAUUGUAUUUUGUCCAUAUUUUUUAUGGCCUGGAUUCACAGUCCAUUUUCUUUCUUUGUAGCUUGUAGCUUUGAUCUAAGCUACCUAGCUCCAUAGGUCUAAAAGUAGCUAAGCUAAAGGAAAAACUACUCAGUAAAAAAAGUAACUCAGCUACCGCCGAGCUACUAAUGUAGUUAAGCUACGUAGCCUAGCUAAGCUUGUUACUGCCAUCCCAAUUAGUUAACACAUGCCUAAAAAUAUCUCCAGCUAAAUUUAAAAGCCUAAAUUAAAACUAAUUAGGUGUACACAUAAUAAUCUGGGUAGUUUGUUAGUUGAUUACUAGUCGACUAUAAAAAUAGUUGUUAGUUGCAGCUGUAUACCAUUGUGUUAAAGGUGCCAUAUGUAGUAAUGUGGCCAGAGAUGGUACUGCAAUCACAGUCAAAAUUCUGUAUUCCUCUCCCACUCGUUAUGACUGAGGUUGCCAGAUAUGCAGCCAAGUCCGAAUCCUACUCCAAGGAACUACAAAUGGCAAUCGACGAGUCCUACGCUGUAGGUUUCUCUUGUUUAUGCUUCUUGCAAGAUGUAAUUAUGACAUGAAUUGAUUCACGAGGACCCCGACUUAAACAAGUUGAAAAACUUAUUCGGGUGUUACCAUUUAGUGGUCAAUUGUACGGAAUAUGUACUGAACUGUGCAAUCUAAUAAUAAAAGUGUCAAUCAAGCAAUCAAACACAUUUUACUGAUGUCGUUUAGCCAAAUGUAUUCGUAAAGUUAGCAGCAAUAUUGUCAUCGGGAGUCAGGACAGAUUUUUGGCAUUACCCUGCAUCAUCAAAAUAAUUAUACAUAAUAUAUUUUAUAUCGAAUAGGUCUACUUUGAUGGCAAGCCAAGGCCAAAACUAAAAUAACUGCCACAUUUCAUUCAGCGUAACUCCAUGUUGCAUCCUACCUGAUGCACUGCAUUCUCUUCCAUGUACGCACAUCAAAGGAGCAUCAUACACAAAUACAAAUGGAUGGGGUAGACAUUGAAAGGGUAAAAUAAACUACAUUUUUGGGUAUAAUUCUAGAUGAUAAAAUUAACUAGAAAUGUCAUACACAAAAUAUGCAACAUAAGGUGGCAAUUAAUAUUUUAAUAACGAACGAAGCAAAAUAUGUUUUGGACCAAAAAUCUCUCCAUAUUCUCUACUGCUCGCUAGUGUUUCCAUAUAUGACUUAUUGUGCAGAAAUAUGGGGAAAUAACUACAAAUGUGCACUUCAUUCAGUAAUGGUGUUACAAAUAAGAUAAGUCAGACCAGUGGGCCCCAACCUAUUUGUAGCUUUGGACCGAUCAACACUUGAUAAUUUGUCCCACAGCUCUGGGGGGGCGGUUGUCAUGAAAAAAGGAGUUUUUUUGUGUUGGUGCACUAAUUGUAAGUGUAUCUUGUGUUUUUUAUGAUGAUUUUAAUAAAAAAUAAAGAAAUAAUGUAAAUAAAGCCGCGGCCCGGUAAUGGGGACCACCGAGUUAGACUUAUACAUAAUGUUGGCUAAACAUUAUGUAUAUGUAAAAACAACAUAAAAACUGUUUUUUUUUAUUGAAUCAAAAAUAUUGAAAUUCAACAAUUUGGUAAGAUUGCAAACAGCUAAAAUGAUGAACAAAGCAAACUAUAACCUACUACCCAAGAAUGUACAACGAUUCUUCUCAACUAAAGAGGAGAAAUAUUUCCUUAGAGGAAAAACUAAUUUAAAACAUUUGUAUGCACGUACAACAUUUAAGACCUUUAGCAUAUCAGUAUGUGGAAUUAAAGUAUGGAAUGUAUUAAGCAAAAAGUUAAUGUACUGAUAUGAUCCAGUUUAAAAGGUUGUUCAAAUGAAUAGUGCUUACAAAGUACAAGGAAGAAGAAUUAUGAGAAAUACCUUCAGCCUCAUUGAAAACAGGAUAUUCUUCAUCUCAUGUUUAUCAUGACUGACUUAAUUAUAUAUUGCAAUAACUGCUGUAUUAAUCAUUCACUGAUGUAAUUGUCUUACAAAAAGAAGACAGUAAAUGAACAUAUGUAUUUGUACUCUGAAGUGGGAAAGGGGUAGGAUCAAAUAAGCUUUGCUUCUCCCUAAUCCUCUUCGGACAUGAUGUAAAGAGAGAUGUUUUGAAAUUAUGUGAUAUAUUAUACUGUAAUUGUGUUCAUGUUGGAAAUAAACCAUCCAUCCAUUUUCUACCGCUUAUUCCCUUUUGGGGUCGUGGGGGGCGCUGGCGCCUAUCUCAGCUACAAUCAGGCGGAAGGUGGGGUACACCCUGGACAAGUCGCCACCUCAUCACAGGGCCAACACUAAUCUCAAUCAAUCACCAUCUUUCAGUUCAGAUUGUGAUUCUGUGAGCCAACCCAUGUUACGCAUAAAUCAUAUAACCUACUACCAUGUCAAUACACAAAGUAGAACAUUUUUACAUGUAAUGCAUUAUAUGAGCAAGUUUGGCGUCAGAUGAAAAAAGCUUCACCGCCUUCAAUCGUCUCCAUCUUUCAAAGGCAUCCCUAAUACAAAUCCACGUUUUGUUCCUGGCUUUGUCAUGAAUAAGUUGAGAAUUGUAACGACGCCUUUUAGAUUUACUAAGGUCUGACAUCUUUAGUAACUUUACCAGUGGCAUUAGCUAGACAAGAUGGCGGAGCAUGACCAGCAACCUGGAUGUGACACACUCAGAUUUUGUAAUUGGUCAAACGGGGGACGGGGCAUCUAAAUAAAAAUAAGAUUUUGGGGCUGUAAAUCAAAUUUUGAAAUGAGGAUAUCCUGGCUGAACUACCGUUAUUAGUUAUAAAGGUAUUCCAAAAGAACAUGAUUUAUUAAUGCCUUUUGACAUAUCAGGGCCAUUUAAAGGCCUACUGAAAUGAGAUUUUCUUAUUUAAACGGGGAUAGCAGGUCCAUUCUAUGUGUCAUACUUGAUCAUUUUGCGAUAUUGCCAUAUUUUUGCUGAAAGGAUUUAGUAGAGAACAUCGACGAUAAAGUUUGCAACUUUUGGUCGCUAAUAAAAAAGCAUUGCCUUCGCUGGAAGUAGCAGACGAUGUGCGCGUGACGUCACGGGUUGUAGGGCUCCUCACAUCCUCACAUUGUUUACAAUCAUAGCCAGCAGCAGCUAGAGGUAUUCGGACCGAGAAAGCGACAAUUUCCCCAUUAAUUUGAGCGAGGAUGAAAGAUUUGUGGAUGAGGAAAUUUAGAGUGGAGGACUAGAAAAAAAAAAGGCGAUUGCAGUGGGAGCGAUUCAGAUGUUAUCAGACACAUUUAGUAGGAUAAUUCUGGAAAAUCCCUUAUCUACCAAUUGUGUUGCUAGUGUAUUAGUGAAAUAAAAUAUUAGCUGAAAGUCGGAGGGGUGUGGCCAGGGGUGUGAUGACAACAGAGUCUCUGGGGGAAGCCACGAAGCUGCAGCAGGACGGAAGCUCCGCUGAUGUCUCCGGUAAGAGGCGACUUAUUACCACAAUUUUCUCACCGAAACUGCCGGUUGAAAUGUCGUCGUGAUCCAUGUCCGCUUGACCGCUCUGAUCCAUAGUAAAGCUUCAUUUUCGGGAAUUUUAAACAAGGAAACACCGGCUUGGUUGUGUGGCUAAAGGCUAAAAGCUUCCCACCUCCAUCUUUCUACUUUGACUUCACCAUUUAUAAUUGGACAAAUUGCAAAAGAUUCAGCAACACAGAUGUCCAGAAUACUGUGUAAUUAUGCGAUUAAAGCAGACUACUUGUAGCUUGGAUCGGUCUGGAAAAUAAUGUCCGCUACAACCCGAGACGUCAAACGCACAAGUCAUCAUACCGCGACGUUUUCAACACGACAGUUCACGGGAAAUUUAAAAUUGCAAUUUAGUAAACUAAAAAGGGCGUAUUGGCAUGUGUUGCAAUGUUAAUAUUUCAUCAUUGAUAUAUAAACGAUCAGACUGCGUGGUCGGUAGUAGUGGGUUUCAGUAGGCCUUUAAUGACGACUUGGCAUGAAAUUAUUACAUAUGGCUCCUUUAACAUCCUUUUACACUUGCAUCACGCUUAGGAAUGUGCCAUUUUUACUACUAAAUCUUAAAUGAAGGUGACAGUUUGACCCUGGAACAGAUUGUUUUAAAGCAUGAGCAGUGCAGCGAGUGAAACGUGAAGCGCCACAAAUUGAGCAUGUUUUGUGGGUGUGGGUGACGAAGGAAAUGUUUAUUUCUUGCCUUGUGAGAUAAAAGCAACGGCAGUUUUUCCCAGAGGAAGAAAAGGGGCGGACUCUGGCCUGGUUGUCAUAAAGUCUCCGAGUCAAGCAGACUGGACUCAGUGAGACAUGAGGACACAUGAUCAUCAGCAGCAUCAAAGCUUCACCAUGUGACCCCCCUCCUGGCGCCACCAUGGAGGACUUCCUACCUGGUCCCCACAACGUGUCCUGGUCCAACUGCACCAAUGCCACCAGGGCCAACCCGUUGAAACGCAACGACGAGGUGGCCAAAGCCGAGGUGGCCGUGCUGGUUCUGGUCCUCCUGCUGGCCCUGGGCGGCAACCUGAGCGUCCUGUGGGCCGUGCACGCCGCCAAACAGCGGCAGUCUCGGAUGCUCUACUUCAUGUGGCAUCUGAGCAUCGCCGACUUGGUGGUGGCGGUCUUCCAGGUGCUCCCACAGCUCAUUUGGGACAUCACGUUCAGGUUCUACGGGCCCGACGUGCUGUGCCGGCUGAUUAAGUACUCCCAGGUGGUGGGCAUGUUUGCGUCCACCUACAUGCUGGUGCUGAUGUCCAUCGACAGGUGCUUGGCCAUUUGUCAGCCGCUCAGACCGGCGCACACCACAAGGGACCGCAUAUGCGUGGGCAUGUCCUGGCUGCUCAGUCUCAUCUUCAGCACGCCUCAGGUGUACAUCUUCUCCCUGCAGGACGUCGGGGACGGCGUGUACGACUGCUGGGGGGACUUUGUGCAGCCGUGGGGGGCCAAGGCCUACGUGACCUGGAUGAGCCUGAGCAUCUACAUCCUCCCUAUGGGCGUCCUCAGCGUCUGCUACGGUCUGAUUUGCCUGAAAAUAUGGCAGAACUUCAACCUCAAGACCAGGAGGGAGCACUUCCUGGCUCGGGCCCCCAAGGACGCGCACCACCUGUGUCGGGUGAGCAGCGUCAGGCUCAUCUCCAAGGCCAAGAUACGCACUGUCAAGAUGACUUUUGUGGUGGUGCUGGCCUACGUCCUGUGCUGGACUCCUUUUUUCUUUGUUCAGAUGUGGUCUGCCUGGGACCCUGCAGCUCCCAGAGAAGACGCAGCCUUCAUCAUCGCCAUGUUGCUGGCCAGUCUGAACAGCUGCUGCAACCCUUGGAUCUACAUGUUCUUCGCGGGUCACAUGUUCCAGGGCGUGACGCGGGGCUUCGUCUUCUGCUGCUGCUCUUGCAGCCGCUUCCUAUCCGCCUCUUCAGGCAGCCGCCAUCACAACAUCAACACCAGCAGCAAACAGAGGAGCUCGGCACACACAUCCAGCACACACAAGGACGCAACAUAACAAAUAUUCUCCCAUCAUUUUUCAUAUGAUAUGAAUGCCAAGACAAGUUUCAAAAUAAUAGAAAUAUGAAAAAUGAUUAUUAUUGCUGUAAAUUGAUCAUGGUUACAGUAUAACACACAUGAAGUCCUACAAGAUGCAAUAGACAGUAAAUUACUGAGAGGUGUCCCUAUUAAUGUGCCCAUCUCCCUGGGACAAAGUAAAAAAAACUCCCCUUAUGAAUCAGUACCUCCAAGUCCGAGUCCAUGGUUCUCGUCCGGAAAAGGGAGGAGAUCUUGUUCAAGUACCUCGGAGUCUUGUUCACGAGUGAGGGAAGAGUGGAUCAUGAGAUCGACAGGAGGAAUCGGUACGGCGUCUUCAAUAAUCCGGACGCCAUAUCGAUCCGUUGUGGUGAAGAAGGAGCUGAGCCGGAAGGCAAAGCUCUCAAUUUACCGGUCCAUCUACGUUCCCAUCCUCACCUAUGGUGGUGAGCUGUGGAUUAUGACCGAAAGAACAAGAUCACGGGUACAAGCGGUCGAAAUGAGUUUCCUCUGCCGGGUGGCGGGGCUCUCCCUUAGAAAUAGGGUAAGAAGCUCUGUCAUCCGGGAGGAGCUCAAAAUAAAGCCACUGCUCCUCCACAUCGAGAGGAGCCAGAUGAGGUGGUUCAGGCAUCUGGUCAGGAUGCCACCUUAACACCUCCCUAGGGAGGCGUUUAAGGCAUGUCCGACAGGUAGGAGGCCACGGGGAAGACCCAGGACACGUUGGGAAGACUAUGUCUCCCAGCUGGUCUGGGAACGCCUCAGGAUCCCCCAGGAAGAGCUGGACCAAGUGGCUGGGGAGAGGGAAAUCUGGGCUUUUCUGCUUAGGCUGCUGCCCCCGGGGCCCCGACCUCGGAUAGGCGGAAGAAGAUGGAUGGAUUGAUCUAAAGUUUGCCGACUUCAUUCUCUUUCUGUAUGACGGAUAUUCCUAUUAUUUAUGCAAUAAAAAAUGUAAACAA